GGAUGACUCCCCUAACCACUCUACCACAGUCACACUAUGAGCAUCUUCCUUACAGCAGCUUUGGGCUUCCCUGAGGCUCUGAUCCCAGUCCAGCUGCUCUGGGUCAAUCUGGUGACAGACGGGCUCCCUGCCACCGCCCUCGGCUUCAACCCACCAGACCUGGACAUCAUGGAGAAGCCCCCUCGCAACGCCAAGGAGCCCCUGAUCUCUGGGUGGCUCUUCUUCAGAUACCUGGCCAUUGGAGGUUAUGUGGGGGCUGCCACUGUGGGGGCUGCUGCCUGGUGGUUUACCAUCUCUGAGGACGGACCACAGAUCACUCUGUACCAGCUG